UCCCAAAUUCCAAUUUUAUUCUGCAAAUACUCGUCUUUGCUCAUUUCGUACUUACAGUAUGGGCCAAUCAAUGUACUUGGCUUCCAACGUCCUAUAUGUUCUGUAACUUUUUUGUUCUGGCUCUUGGAGUUGUCACUGUUGUCCAUUCAACGGAUCACACCAUUUCAGAAUUGUUAAUCCUAGGAAUGGCCUUUUCCUUGUUACAUGACAUUAUUAUAGUUGCUGUGACAUACGAUGGUGAUAAAAACACACCUGGUGUUUGCAAAGAAAAAGACCACUUUCGUUUUAGUUUUGGAAUGUCCAUCUUGAAUAUUAUCCUUAAGCCAGUUUCCUUGGUCGCUAUAAUCCUGAACUACUUACAUCGUGGUGAUGGUGGAUUCAGGGCAAAGGUGGCUGAAUUUCGCGCCAACAGAGGUGAAAAUAACGAACCUCCCAAUGAACCUCUUCCUCCAGUUGCGUAUGGUAAUCAAACAUACUGAUAACAAAGCCUAUCUACGAUAUCUUUUGAACAAUCUUUAAUGAAUUUUCCUUUAGAAUAGUGUCUUAGUCAUUAGCCUACACGAAAUAACCAGCAUAUCGCACGUCUAGAAAGAAUGUUACCAUGUUGUACAAUAGCAAUAUACAAGAAAUAUAAACAAUGAAGUUAGCGUAAACCA